AAUAAAUAACAGAAAAGAAAAGAAAAUAUGUUUUUGUUUCUUCAUGCAAAUGAACUUCCUUGAAUAUCAACUCUUCUUCAAAAGUCAAAACAAUUCUGAAUCGGUGAAUUUUGCUAAAAGGAGAGAUGAAAAUACUGUUGACCGGCGCCUCCGGCUACCUAGGAGGCAGAUUGUGCCACGAGCUGCUGAAACAAGGCUAUUCUGUUCGCGCCUUGGUCCGCCCAACCAGCGACCUCUCCUCCCUGCCUCCACCGUCACCAACCGGUAACGGUGGCCUCGAACUCGUCCACGGCGACGUCACCGACUACAACUCCCUCCUCUCCGCCUUCUCCGGCUGCGACGUCGUUUUCCACGCAGCCGCCGUGGUUGAGCCCUGGCUUCCCGACCCCUCCAAGUUCUUCUCCGUCAACGUCGGGGGUUUGAAGAACGUGCUGCGAGCGGUUCGAGAGACAAAGACCGUACAGAAGGUCAUCUACACGUCGUCGUUUUUCGCGCUCGGACCGACCGAUGGCCACGUCGCCGACGAGGCUCAGAUCCAUCACGAGAAGUUCUUCUGUACGGAGUACGAGAAAUCGAAAGCUGCCGCCGAUAAAAUCGCGCUACAGGCCGCGCAGCAAGAGGAGCUGCCGUUGGUGCUGCUUUAUCCCGGAGUAAUCUACGGGCCCGGAAAGAUCACCGCUGGAAACGUCGUCGCUCGGAUGAUCGUCGAGCGGUUCAACGGCCGAUUGCCUGGAUAUAUAGGGUCCGGUAACGAUAGGUAUUCGUUUAGCCAUGUCGAUGAUGUUGUGGAGGGCCAUAUCAGAGCUAUGGAAAAAGGUCGAACAGGUGAGAGGUAUCUGCUAACAGGUGAAAACGCAUCGUUUAAGCACGUUUUCGAUGUAGCAGCUGUGAUCACUCAGACGCAGAGGCCUAAAUUUGGGAUCCCAUUGUGGUUGAUUGAGGUGUACGGAUGGGCGUCUGUUCUUUUCUCUCGAAUUACAGGGAAGCUUCCUCUGAUUAGUCCUCCGACUGUUUAUGUUUUGAGACAUCAAUGGGCAUAUUCAUGUGACAAGGCCAAGCAGGAGCUGGAUUAUAGUCCCAGAGGAUUGAAAGAAGGAUUGGGGGAGGUGUUGCCUUGGCUCAAGAACUUGGGCUUGAUCAAAUAUUGAUCACGUAAACUUUGACGAGGCACGAGGGUGUGGUUUGUUGUUUGCUUUAUGCGACUCCAGUUAACUAGUAAACAUUUUCAAUUUGAUGGAUGUGGCGCUAAAGAUCAUCAGUUUAUUGAUAUCAAGUUGGGUGUUUUUAGUGUGU